AUGUCUGGCCAGCGCUCAUCUUUUAAAACCCGACCAAGGUAAGUAACGUCUCAGCCAACACAAAUGAACAGACACCUGAUUUACACAGCACAGUAACACAGUAGAUUUAUCAAGAUGCUUCAUUUAAGGGAAACACCAUAUAAAGCCUGCAUGCAGGCAUAGGGGCAGCACAGGACGACAGUGAAGUACGCCACCAUCCACAACAAAAACUCUUGCACAUGACCUAAUGCUAAACAUCUGUCAUUUUUCUUUUCAGAGUGCUGGUCCUGCACCUGAAGCCUUUCAGGUACAUUCCAGACUACCGGCUGGAGAAAGUGAGUGAUCCAGUGGAUAUCUUCAGGGACCCCAUUAUUUCUGUGUGGACUGUUGGCACUAACUCUAUUUACUUUCUCAGAGUGCUAUUUAUCAUCUGGGCACACAAGCAGGAACAGGUAAGAUUAUCUUUUUUUCUUAUAAUCAUAUUAAAUUUUACACACCAAAAAUGUCACAGUUUAAAAAAAAAAUACAGCUACUUACAGCUUACAAUUAUGUUCUAAUACAUUACUUAUGUGAACAUUAUGAAUAGUAUGAUAGUAUGCUGUUACAGACACAGCUGAGCCUUUAGACAGCCCAUUAAACAUUAUUACUCCUUCACUUGUUUGGACACUGCAUCUCAGAGGGAGUGGAUCCAGAUGUGCCAGUGACUGAGCCAAUGGUUCGUUACCUUUCUUACCUACACCUCCUCAUCCCAUCUUACCUCCCUUACCACCUUACCUAACCCCUACCAACAACCCCCACAUCCAACCUUACCUUCCUCACCUACACCCACCUCAUCACAACUUCCCUCCCUAACCUAUGCCCCGUCAUCCUGCCUGACCUCCCUUACUUAUGCACCCUCAUGAUACCUUACCUCCCUCACCUACACCCCCUCAUCCUUACUUACCUCCCGACAACCCCAUCAUUCCGCUUUGCCUCCCUCAACUACACCCUCUCACCCUAGAUUAACUUUCCUACCUACACCCCCUCACCCUACCUUACCUCCCUCACCUACACACCCCUCAAUCCACUUAACCUUACCUCCUCAUCCUUCCUGACCACCCUUACGUACAAAGCCCCCCAACUGAUAUUACUUCCCUCAACUAACGACCCUCACCCCACCUUACCUACAACUUCUCAUCCCAUAUAACCUUCCUAACCUACAUUCACCUAUACCCCCCUCAUCUUACUUAACUUCCAUCACCUACAACCACUCAUCACACCUGACCUCCCUCACCUCCCCCCCUCAUCCAGCCUUAUCUCCUUUACCUACACCCCCUUAUUUUACCCUACCUCCCUCACCUACACCCUCUCAAACUUCCUAACCUCCCUCACUUUCACACCCUUGAUCCACCUUACCUCCCUCACCUACACCUCCUCAUCCUUCCUGACAACACUUGCAUACAUCCCCCCAAACCAACAUUACCUCCCUCAACUAUGAACUCUCAACCCACCUUACCGUCUUUAACUACACCUUCUCAUCUCAUAUUACCUCCGUAACUUUCUCACCUACCUUUACCUACAAUACCCUCACCCUACCUUACCUCCCUAACCUACACCUCCUCAUUCUUCCUGACCACCCUUACGCACACAUCCCCCCAAAUGACAUUUCCUCCCUCACCUACCAUCCCUCACCCCACCUUACCUCCCUUACCUUCACUUUCUCAUCUUAAAUUACCUCCCUAACUUUCUCACCUACCUUUACCUUUACCUACACCCCCCUUAUCCUACAUUACCUCCAUCACCUACACACCCCUCAUCCUACCUUAUCUUCCUUAACUACACCCCCUCAUCACACCUUACCUCCCUCAUCCACACCCCCUCAUCCAUCCUUACCUCCUUCACCUACACCCCCUAUUUCCACUUUACCUCCCUUACCUAUGCCCUGUCAUCCUGCCUGACCUUCCUUAUCUACAAAACCCAAUUCAAUUGAAGUUGGGAAAUUGUGAUAAACGUAAAUAAAAACAGAAUACAGUGAUUUGCAAAUCCUUUUCAACGUAUAUACAAUUACAAAGACAAGAUAUUUAUAGUUUAAACUCAUAAACUUAAUUUGUUUUUGCAAAUAAUAAUUAACUCAGAAUUUCAUGGCUGCAACACGUACCAAAGUAGUUUGGACGGAGGCAUGUUUACCAGUGUUACAUCACCUUUACUUUUAACAACACUCUAUAAACAUUUUUGAACUGAGACUAAUUGUUGAAGCUUUGAAGGUGGAAUUCUUUCCCAUUCUUGCUUGAUGUACAGCUUCAGUUGUUCAACAGUCUGGGGUGUCCAUUGUUGUAUUUUACGGUUCAUAAUGUGCCACAGGUCUGGACUGCAGGCAGGCCAGUCGAGUACCUGCACAAUUUACUACAAAGCCACGCUGUUGUAACACAUGCAGAAUGUGGCUUGGCCUUAGCUGGGUUUCCAUUAGCCAUAGAUUUGCGCUAAACCUAAAUAUCGCAAUAGAAAACUGGUAAUGGAAACACCUAAAUUUCGAAAAACCUCUCAAAUAUCGCUAAAAAGUUUUUACGCUCUCAUGAGGUGGUUUUUCAGACGUGUCGAUAUAGAAGUAUAUCGCAAAAGUGUAAUGGAAACACUAUUCUCGCAAUUCUCUGUCACCAGACGUGACGUAGUGGGUCAUGUGACCAGUUCAUUUCAAGCAAAGAUGGGGCGGUAUGUGUGGACGGGGGAUGAGACAGAGUUAUUUCUGAAGUUUUGAAUUGUAUUUGUAUUUUUCGGAAGUUUUGAAUCCACAAUUCGUCUGUGAAUUCCUCAUUAACGAUCCUCUCCCAGAAAUCCCUCAUCCGUGUCCGCUCCCAUACAUACGGGCUUUGCCUUUGAACUAUCACCUGCCACCUUCGUCUUCUGAUGACAGCAGCGGCAACAGGAGUAAUGGUCACAGAAAUAGCUGCUCCAAAAUGCAAAAUGUUUAGUGUCUCAUCCAUGUUGGUGCGCAAAAAGGCUUAAGGAAUACGAGGUCGCACGGGCAGGAAGUUUACCUCGUUGCUAGGCAACAGCCAUUCAAACACGGCUCGCGAGUUAUUCAGUUGCUGAAUCUGGUGUCCCACAGGGCUUCUUUUGCUAUCUUCAUUAAUGAUUUUCCACUAACUCGUUUAAACGUUCACAUGCAUCUUUAUGUCGAUAAUACUGCCAUUUGUUUGUCUUUAAUUCUUUCACCCAAAAGGGGGAGUGGUCAGUUUUCGCCAUAUGGCUAAAACCAACUUACCUCAGAUAUCAGUGGCUAGCUUACUGUGUACAGAAGGCGGAUAAGGCGAUUGCUUUAUUCUUCUAUCAGGGUACUUUUUAGAAGUUUUAUGUUGAAUAGUAUGAGACUGUAACUGUCAUCUCUUCUGCUCUUUUCGUAUUGAUGUAUUUAAACCAUUUUCUCAACUUUUGAUUUUGUCUGUAUUCAAAAUUUGACUUUAUUUCCAACUUUUUGACUUUAUUCGGGCAUCCAAUCAUUGUUUAGGAUCAUUUCAGGUAUAGCUUAAUAUUGAUUUAAUAAAACUUCCUCAGAGCCAAGUUUUCACAUGAUUUCAAACUAAAUUUAUUUCAUUGUGUGUCAGUGUUAUGGAGGGUAUUUUUAUCACAUUCAUUGAAAAGAAAGAUACUGUUUUUAUUUCAGGCUGCUUUACACGAUCAAACAAUUACUUUGCUCCCCCAUGUUUCUGUUGCUGAUGCCUCCUGGAAAUAAGACAUGAAUGGUUCCAGGCCUAGUCACGUAAGCAGACAGUUUUUGUUUAUUGAAUAAAGCCUGCCAAAACAGAGUCCUUGUGUUUUUUUCUGUUGAAUUAAAGUCUAUUGUACUUGUAAAUAUUCUCCUUCCUGUAUGAUUUGACAGAGAGACUACAGAUUACUCUGAACCCUGCUUUCUCUUUCUCAUUUCUAUCACCUGUCAGCUUGUCAGCUUCAUUUUCAAUAUGUAUGAAUGGAUGAUACUUUCCCUAACACAAACAUACAUUUAGUUUUAUAGCUGUCUGCUGUAUCUUUGGUCUUGUCCGCUGUGCUUUUUUAAAGAAAUUGCAAGAUUGUCUUUCUUUUUAACUUGUCAGAAUUUGACCGACCAGUGUGACAUGUUAAUGAACCCUGUGGCCUGGCCCUGUGUGUGUUUAGAAUAAAGUGUACUUGGCCUGCAAGCUUUUGCCUGUACAAUAGUUGCACGACAUAUAUUUUAAACCUAUAAGAGCUAUAACAAAUAAAAGCUUGUAUUCAACUCAAUAAAUAUAAAAGUAUCUGUAUAAUCGCCUAUCCUUUAAGGAAAGAAAAAUGAUAUUCUUUUGUCACCAGUAUGGUUAUCAAUUUUGGGCUCGUACCCACACCUCCUCUAAAAUGUUCUGCCCCUUCUCACACCUGAAUACCUGGUGAGGGUCUACAGAAACAUUUUGAAAGAUAUCUUCUUGAUCUUGUGUUAUAUUAGACUGUUUGGUCCCAUUUUUUGGAUCUACAGGCUGUAAUCUUAGACCUCUUGAUAAUAACUCUGACUGUCAUUGUUUGAUUUUAUAAUUAUAUGACAGUUUCAAUGAAACGGAUGUCCUCAUUGUGCACAGUCUCAGUUCAUAUUCCAGCUUGCCAGGGUCUAGAUUGGUGGCUGAAGACUUCGUUUGUCAAACCUCACGGUACGAGAGUUUAAGUCAUUUCAAGAGGAGUUUAAAAGUACUGUCUUAACAAGGAGUCUGUGAAAAACUUUGUAAUUUCUGUUUCUUUCUAGGUGCUUCCAAAGGAGAACCAAUGAUGAGACCACAGGAUUUAUUUGGACAAAAAGUCCGCCUGAAUCUUCUAAAGGCUUUUGCAGCUCUUCUCUUGCUGGCUGUGCUGUUUUUAAUACAACAAAAGAUGGACUUUGUGGAGGUGAGAACUCAGUUUUACUCUGAACAACUAGAACGAGGUCUGUGUAUUAAAUGUCUAAUACCAGUCAACUUUGGCUGUGUUCUGAUGUUACCUGUAAUUAAAUGUAAUAUUGAUAGAAUAUUUGGACCCAGAUCUAACUGAACACAAAACAAAUUUGUUUUAUGUUACGUAGAAAGGUGUGUGGGGUAGAGAAGGUUUGACUUGAGUUAAAGGUGAAGCUGACUGCUUGUACCACCUCCCAUAUUUCUAUACCUCGCUGUUAAGCGUCUGCUGCCAACUCUACAUUUUUUUCUGUCACAAUGUCCCCACUGUGUUCUGGCAGUUCAAAUUAGUUUACUGUCACAGCUGACUGCUCCGCUAUAGUUCUGUGGCAGGUCUCAGGUUAGUGCAGACUAACUCAAUGUGAAGCAACAAGUGUCCCUGGUCAAGAGUGUAAAUAAAUCAUCCCUAUUGUCUUUUUUCAGUUUACUUGCUUUGAGUGCUUUGUUUGAUGCACCUCUGUCAUCAUCUGUCUCUUUGAUCCUCUAUCAUUUAAAGCCUGAAGUAAACUCUGCUCCCAACUUCAAAAAAGCACCCACUCAUCCUCUCUUGAAUCGUGACUUCUGCACCUCCAAGCCACAGUCUGCUGCAGAUGCUGUGGAGGAACGUCUCAUAUUGGACUCCAUUGCUUGGCCUGAAACUCCACUAUUGCCAGAUCCUUUUCUAUUGGAGCAGACCAGUGAUCCAGCCCACAGCACCUUUACCAUCCUGCCAGGAGAAGGAGAGUGGCAUGUAGGAGAUCAGCUGAAAGUUUUGAUCAAAGUCAAUGACUUCCAAGGUCAUGCCAAGAAGUUUGGAGGAGAUGUCUUGGUUGCACGGCUGUUUAACAAAGCACUCAGUGCAGGUGUGGUUGGGAAGGUGGAGGAUCACCUUAAUGGCUCCUACUCAGCUGUUUUUCCUUUACUCUGGGAGGGCAGUGCACAGGUUGAGGUAAAACUAAUCACGGUCUUCUUACCAGAGGUGAUGCUGAAGGCUCAUUUACAAAGUUUUGAAACCAGCAAAAAAAUAUGUGGUUCAUGUGAAAAUAUCCAAAAUUGCAGUUCUAUGCAAAAAAAGGGAGUUAGUUAUCACCUUUUCAGUGGAUGGUCAUAUCACUACUUUGGUAAUAUUUCCUGACAAAGCACUUACCUUGAGAGCCCAAGCUUCUAAUUGUAAUUUCUAAGAUUAUUGUUGAGAGUUUUACAAAGUGUCAUAAAAGAUGUCUAUGAUUGUCAGCUGACUCAGUUUUCCUGUCUGGUUUGUUUUGAUUGUUAUAUUUACCAUUUCUGAUGCUCUUGAUGUUCAGGGGGUUUUUCCAACUGAUAAACUGAUAAACUGCUCACAUGUUAAAACUCUCUGUUUUUUAUCAGGUGACGCUUGUACAUCCAAGUGAGGCUGUCACAGUUCUGCACAGGCUGACCAGAGAGCAGCCUGACAGGAUCGUUUUCAAUACACUCUUCCGUUCAGGCUCGCUCUCCGAAAAAACCACCUGUAAUGUUUGCUUACGUCAGUCCGGCCAGCCACUGUGUGACUUCACUGACCCCUGUACAGGUGAGCCUUGGUUCUGUCACAAGCCACAGACUCUGAGUUGUGAUGCCAGGGUUAUCCAAGAAGGUGCACGUUUCCACCAAAAACUCAAGGACAAAGAGGAGACCCUCUUCCAAAGGUAAGAGAUUACAAAAACAAAAUCUUAUCUGAUUUGACUUGCACCUAGAAAAAAAAUAAAGAGCUAACGAUGGAUCAUCUGUUGGAAAAUUCAAAGUUUGAAGCCGCAGCCAAAAAUGUUGAGAUUCUUAUAGUAUAAGAUGCUAGUCUAAGACUUCUCAUGUGAGUUUUUCUUCAGGAGUGUCAACAUGAAGGUACACAUAAAGGCCUCAGGACCAAACGAUGUCACUGUGUUGGCACCAAAGAAAGGUAAAGCCAGUUUUUUCUAAUUCUGUCCUUCUCCAUAAAAAAACAGCAAACCUGAAUGAGCUCAAGACCUAAAAAGGACAUGAAACACACCACAUUGGCAUCCUCACGUGGUAAAAAAAUCAAUUAGGAGAGAGUCUGAUAUAUUUUUUUGUGUAAAAAAUCAUCUGUUUAAUGAGAAAACCGCUUUCAAGAGUGUAUUUACACUCAACUGCAUUGAACCACCUUUGGGGGGGUCCAGCUCGCAAAAGGUUGAGAACCCCUGCUCUAGUGUAUAACAGGUGGAUUCUGACGCUACAUAGCUGCUAGCCAGCGUUGGAGAAUCACCGGCCGUUUCGGUGGCAAAUGAUGAAAAUGCAACAUUUUUUUAUUUCUUACGUUGUGAAAUUGGUUGGAGCAGCCUGGCGCAAAACAAAAUACCCCUCCUUUACUCGUCUUUGGCUCUUGAUUCGCCAUCUCAGCUAUCCUAAUCUGCUCUCAUUCACUUGUCAAUACGCGGGCUAAGCAACCCAUUACGUCACACAAGUGGCACUACUUUACGGUUCCCCGCAGCGUCGCUAGAGUGGAACUUCUGUCAUGUAUUACAAUUAAUGUAUUACAUUUUGAGAGUCAUGAAUGCAGUGAAGUCGAGAGGCAUUCUUAAAAAUAAUGAUAACGUGGGUCAGUGUUUCAUGUCCUCUUUAAAGUUGCUGGAGGAAGACAGAGGACUCACCUAGGGAUGGGAAUUGAUAAGAUUCAAUACCGAUUCCAUUAUCAAUUCGGCUUAUUGAUUCAAUUCUGUAACGAUUCCCUUAUCAAUGCCUUUCUUUUAAUAAAAAAAAAAAGUAGACUAUAGGUUUUCGCCAAUAACACAAAGGUUUAUUGAGUUUCUGAUAACAAAAAACGAUAUAUGCCACCUUCAGCGAGAGUCUACAAAUAAUCAAACAACAAACGAUCUGUGCAGCAUUUACUUCGGUCAGUUUUAGGUCAAAUUAGACCUAAAUUCUGGAUCCCCAAAAAGAGGACACUACUACGCGGGGCGGAGUCGUGGACAAAGUUUUGAGGGUUUUCCAGGUCGAGUCGAGUGUUUUUUUACAGGCUUUUAACUCAGUUUGUCCACGCUACACAAACUCAAAACCUCCACACAAAACCCCGGACAUUUGAAGGAUUUUAUUAACUCUACCGGACAGUCCCCACAAAAAGAGGACAUGCCCGGGUAAAAGAGGACAUUAAGUCUGGAAUGCAUUGUGCUUAUUAUGCUAACACAGGACAUACAUACCUUAAAUGCCGUGCUGAGACAGAGCAGCAGCAGCUGACGACCAGUGGAGAGCGACAAAUACACGUCCUUAUAUUUGCUGCCGUGCCCUGUUGACAAAUGUUUAAUUAUGUCGCUGGUGUUUCCACCUUUGAAUGUUAUCUCUGCUCAUACGUUACACAUCUCGCUGUUGUCAUCUUUCUUAGUACAUGAAGCCAUGCUUUUCAUCGUUACCGCUUAAAUCUCGCACCGUCCGCCAUGUUCUUUUCCUCAAAGUCCAUGUUCUCGUUCGCAUUGAUUGGUUCUCGCGAGAUAAUUAUUCAAGGUACCCGGAAAAAAGGAAACGUUAAUACAGUAACGCGAGAUGGCCAUUUUGCUACGGGACGCUCCUUCACUCAUAACAUUACAGUCUAUGGUGCAUAUAGCAUUUAAAUAACCAUAGAUUGCCUAAUUUUAAAUCGAUUUUCGAACGGUUUGGCUUGUUAUAAACCUCGGAGUUUAAGUUAUGUUCCUGGCAGGAACUUCCUGCAUACUCACAAAUAAUUUUAACCAUGGAUUUUAAUAAAUAAACAUUAAGCAGAUAGCUAUAGGCCUACACACACAAGGCAGUUAUAUUACAUCAUUUAUAUAUAAAACAUUUAAUCAUUUCAUGUAUGUUAUAUAAGCAAUAUUUCUUUUAUAGGGAUAACUAACAUAUAUAGCAAUAACAUAUUUGUAUUUAUUUUCAAUAUAAAUUUCUGCCUCAUGUUGCCAUUUUAGACAUUUUUAACAAACCGAACAGCUUGGAAAUUAUGUGCAACUUAAGUCUUUUUUUUUUUUCUCAAAGAAAAGCUGCCAUUUCAACUUGUCCAAGCAUCCUGACUCAUAGCCACAUUAUUAAGGUCUGUGAUAAACAAAAACAUUUGUAAAUCUGUCAAGAUUUCAGCAAGUUCUGAGUAUUUUUGAUCAUGCCGAUUACUCACCUCCCGGCGGCUGCCAUAGCGCGUACUCGAAUGGUAUACAGCAGUGGUGAUUGCUCUAAGACUGCAAGGGAAGCUCAGCUUCCCUUAAAAUGUCACCCCCCAAAAAAAGAAAAAGUGGUGAAAUACGUACUACUGUGUGUACAUUUCAUUAACUAAAUACGCGCUAGAAAGCCUUCAUCUUUUGUUCAGACACUGUGAUAAGAAGCUGAUAAUCACAGGUAACCGGCAUAACUUCGCUCUCAUUCAUCCUCGCAGCGCCUCAGCGCUUUAAACAGCCGGACGCUGGGCUUCUGCUGACUUCAAUGUGGAAGCUCAAAGUGGGUUGUUCCAGCAGCGAAACUAGACGCUCAUUGGAUAAAUGCUGGGCUUUGGCCCACCCAUCGGACGCUCGGCGUCUCUGGAGUUCUAUGACGAGAGGGCGGUCCCGACUUUCUCCCGGACUUCGAGCUUCUGCAUCCAUGAUUGGAUGAGCUGUCUGAGGCGAAAUCCUUUUUUGAUUGACAGCUAAACAAGCGAAUCAGCGAUCUUGAAGAAUAAAACACCUACCAGAGCAUUUUCCAAGUUAUUCAUUCCGCUGUUCUUAACUGCUCCGGAGACUUUACCGAUCCUCAGCGACUUUUGUCUUUGUUAAAAACGACUGCCGUUGUGUUUGGCGACUCUGUUCUGUUACAUACUAAUAAACAAAUACAAUUAUGAUGUAGGCCAGAAAAAUGAGCUUCCCCUCCUUGUAAGACCAGCAGCCGCCACUGGUAUACAGGAGUAAGAUGGACGCCGGUAACUCUGCCUCUUGUUGCCUAUGUGAUGGAUUGAACCAUUUGGAACCGGUUCUCAACAAGAACCGUUUCUCAAAUCCCAUCCCUAGACUGUUCUGUCGCUCCUAAUCGGUUCUUACAAUUGACUCCUCUCUAAAUUCUUCUCAGGUCAGGCCACGGCCAUUGGAGGCACUGGUAAGUCUGAACCCUCUGGUUAUUAUUACCAGGGUGUGUGGCGAGCUCUGGGUGGCAGCAGAGUUCAACAAUUCAACACCUCCUCUGCCAUCAGUCAGUGUCUGAAAGGAAAGAUGGUCCACCUGUACGGAGACUCCACCAUCAGGCAGUGGUUUGAGUUCCUUGACGCGUCACUACCAGGUAGCUCAUCCAGAGAGAUUUUGGGCUGCAGGUUGAUUUUAUUUACACCCUUAAUCUUGAACCUUGACCUGUUCCCUUGUAUUAAACAUGUAGAUGCGCAGCACUGUGACCUGAAGGGUUCAAAACAAGCAGGACCUCUCAUGAAGUCGGACCACAAAAAACGCAUUAUGAUAACAUAUCGCUGCCAUGGUCCUCCUCUUCGUUUUUCAAAUAUCCAAAUCAGUCAGAUGCGUUACAUUGCCAAUGAACUGGAUGGAUUGAUUGGUGGCUCUGACACUGUGGUUGUGAUCGGCAUCUGGGCCCACUUCAGCACUUUCCCAGUUGAGGUCUACAUCAGACGCCUCCAGAGCAUCCGCAGAGCCGUGGUCCAUCUGUUGAAACGGGCUCCAGGCACCCUGGUGAUCAUCAGGACAGCAAACCUCAAAGAUCUGACGCUUUAUGAGUCGCUGACCAACAGUGACUGGUUCACCAUUCAGCGUGACAAGGUGCUCAGAGCCGUUUUCAAAGGACUCGAUGUUAAAGUGGUGGAUGCCUGGGAGAUGGUUCUGGCCCACCACCUUUCACACAGCCUCCACCCACAUCCCCCCAUCAUCAAAAACAUGAUCAAUGUCCUCUUGUCUUAUGUUUGUCCCCAAAUAUGA